CACCUACUACAGUCCAAAACGUUGUCACCAAUUCAUCGGAACUCCGAAUGUUGAGAGAGCUUUCGCAUUCAGAUUUGACAGCAGCGAAAAAUCUAAGAUGGCAUUUCUGAGAUCCCUCUGCCGUACCGCUGCGGCGGCCUCCUCCGUUGCCACGCUCCGAUCAUCCAGAUCCGCCGCUCGAAGUCAGCUGUUGCGCCAUCGUUUCCUCUCCACGCGAGGAUUCUUCGCUGUUUCCUCGUGUCCUUCUAAUCGAACUCCUUACGAUUUUCGGUAUCCUCGAGCAAUGGAUAUUGGACAAGUGCGCAGCUUUAGUGAAGAUGUGUCUCACAUGCCCGAAAUCAAAGACGGUGAUGUUCUGAAAGCAUUCAAAGAACUGAUGGCUGCAGAUUGGGCAGCGCUACCUUCUGCUGUUGUUAACGACGCCAAAAACGCAGUCUCGAAAAACACAGAUGACAAGGAAGGGCAAGAGGCCUUACUUAAUGUGUUCAGAGCAGCUGAGGCUGUUGAGGAAUUUGGUGGGAUUCUCACUUCCUUAAAGAUGGAGAUCGAUGAUAGCAUUGGAAUGAGUGGGGAGAAUGUGAAGAGCUUACCAGAAGAUAUAACCAAAGCGCUGCAUCUUGCUUAUCAUAGGUAUACUACCUACCUAGAUGCGUUUGGGCCUGAAGAAGUUUACUUGAAGAAGAAGGUUGAGAUGGAGUUGGGGACAAAGAUGAUCCACUUGAAGAUGAGAUGCAGCGGGCUCGGUUCAGAGUGGGGAAAGGUUACCGUUCUUGGAACUUCAGGACUAUCGGGGUCUUACGUGGAGCAAAGGGCGUAAAUAAAACAAAAAAGAAAAGAUCCAAAACUUUUUAUGUUGCUAAUUGCGUAUAAUAAGGUCGAUAACUGACCAAUGACAUAUAUGGUGAGUUUGUUCAUUAUUUCCUCCAAAAUGAAGCUUUUCAAAGUUAAAGCUUAACAACAACACCAAUUGAAAAAUAAAUUUACAGCUCCGACA